GGCACCGGAAUCCAAGCACGACGGUGGAGCUGACAGAAGCUUCACGGCGGAUUCCCGGGGCCUGCAAAGCAAAUGAAGCAGGCUAUUUCUUGGCAUGGUGACGCCCAAAGUUUCCGUCAUGUCAAUUUCGCCACCGCCGCCAACCCUCUCCCAAUCGAAGAGCUGGACCAAACAUCCGAGUGCCAGCCCAACCUCCCGAUUCGCCAGCAGCCCACCAGGACACCUCCUCCUCCCGCCGCCAAACGGGAUCAGCUUCCACUCGCCGGGCCGUUGAUCAUCACCACUACCACCGGCCGUGAUGAACCUCUCCGGGACAAACUCCGUGGGGACCUCCCAUGGCCAUGACGGCGGCGUCGUUGGAAGGGAGGUCGACGAACUUGACCCAGUCGGAGAGCACAGCGGCGACGAGAGAUUUGGUU